UUGAGGAAACGAAUGCUUGCGUACUAACAGCGCAUGUUAGCUAAAAUAUCUAACAACAUUAUUUUACAUUUAUUUCGCAACGCUACAGGAAACAUACAACUCGAAUGGAGGUUAUCGGGUCAAUAGAGACAAUAAACGACCCGAGCCUAGCUCUUUCAUGUCUUCGCCUCCUGGUGCCCCCACUGCAGCUUCUGUCUGCUGCUAUGUGGCAGCUGGCGAAGCGGAAAGAUGUGAUGAAUUAUGAGAAGAUCCAGGAGUUUGUGUUAAUGGUGACAGAGGCGUUCCCUGGACUGAUCAACCACAGACAGAGAGCCCAGCUCAUUCUGGGUCUAAAAGCAAGGUUGAUUCUGGAACUUUGCAAAGGCUCGGCUCGGGGUUCUGUUGAUUCUCAAUUGAUCCAGAGCUAUUUGGAUAGACUCCCAAUAGCCUCUGCAAACACAGAUUACAGGGACGCAGAGGUGAAAACGACAGAGUCCACUUUCAUUGCACUUGUUCAGAGCCUGCUGAAAGAUCCAGUUGAGAGAGCAUAUUUCUACCAGGAGGUGUUCCCAGUGGAAUAUGGGCCACAAUAUGAUGCUGCUCUGCACGUGUUAUUGUGGGAGCUGCUCUCAAAACUGGUAAAGCUGCUUCCAGUACCGGACUUAAAACAGACUGCAGCCUGGCUCGGCUCUGCUCCUUCUAUGUGGGAGGAAUGUGUUCAGUCCUCACCUGAAGACCUGAGCUUAAUCUUCCAACACUACAAAAGUUCAGGACUACUGAAAAUGCCAUGUGGCCCUUCAUCCACGAUCGGUAGCUGCAUCAUGUCUGCUUUAUCCAUUCCUCCCUCGCAAAAAACAAACCUCUCUGUCGGACUGGAAUCAAUCCACAACUAUGCUAAUGUGCUAAACCCCGUCACUUUAGUUGGAGCGGACCAGUACAGCGUUGUUGCCGUCUACACCGAAGUGGAAGUUGGAGCGUCUGAAGUAGAUCAAGAAAUGAUCGAGUCAGCCGAAGUGCAACUUCAGACUGAUUUCUACGAAGAGGAGAUAGUUAGCGCCGAUACCGCCGGCUGUGAGGAGGCUACCAGCUCGAGGGCAGAAGAACCAAGUGAAACUGUGGAUGUGGCUAAAGCUCUGGAGACUCUGACAAAAACGUUUGCACUAAGGAAGGAGAGCCUCGGUCAAGAUGUUCCGACAGGAAGGAGCAAUGAUUCGUCCCGUAAUGGUGAGCUUGGAACUGCACCAGGUGAAGGAAAAACACACGACGGACAAGAAACAAGCGACCCAACUGACGAGAAACGAGGAAACGUCGAAGAGGUGAAGGAGGAUUUCCAACCUGAAGGCGUAGAGAGCAAUACGGACUCUUGGGCAGAUUUGAAGGGUGAUCGUGAAUCCUUUUCUGUCCACGAAGAAAUGACCGACGUCCCCAGUGAGGACCCAGUCUCGGAGUCCCAACAGUCUCCCAGUUCGGCUAAUGUGCGCCGAUCCACUCGUCUACAAAUGAAGACCCCACCCAGUUGGCAGGAGACGUGUCAAAUCCAGAGGUCAUCCAGAGAAAGUAGCGAGGAACCAAAAAUGAGCAAAGCCGACGUAUCAGUCGCCCCCUCGGUUAUAGCCAUCAAAGGAAUCGAAAAAGGUGAUUCGGACGAGAUGACCUCCAUCAUCUUCACCUGCUCACAGUGUCCCUUCCACAACUCGGACCAAAGCAGCCCGCCUCACUUCCACAUGCAGAGUGUUCGCACUGACGUGUACAGUACUCUCUCAGGAGCCAAAUUUACACCGUCUCCUUCCAGCACUGAUGAGAUUUUUACGUCCAUUAAACUGUUCCCCAAAAGAACCACGGAGGAGAGCAAAGCACGACAGUGCGACAGUCAGAGCGAUGCGCCACAGUCGCAAAGCAGACCGAAGGCCCUCGCGUGCCAAACGUGCGGUAAGACGUUCACCCGGUCGUCCGACGUGAGGAGACACCAGCUCACGCACACCGGCGAGAGACCGUUUCGUUGCUCGCGGUGUGACCGGACCUUCCAGCACUCGUGGGAUCUGGCCAAGCACGAGAGCAAACAUCACGGCGUGGCCAUCUCUUUCUCCUGCGAGCUGUGCGGGAGCUCCUUCGCCAACCUCCGCGCGCUGACCGUCCACCAUAAGAAGUCCCACUCGGAGGAGAGCCGGCUUCCUCAGAUGUGCUCCAUCUGCAGCCACAGCUUCCCCACGUCCUCCGAGCUGCACGAGCACAGGAAGUCGCACGUCGCCGCCAAGCGCUACGUCUGCCAGCAGUGCGGCGAGGGCUUCGACUCCCUGCUCGCGCGCUCCCAGCACCGGCAGAUGCAUCAAGUGAAGAGUCAAUUUAAGUGUCCGCAUUGCGAGAAGACGUACACUCGGAGGUCGGACGUAAAGCGCCACCUAUCCACCCACACUGGCGAGCGACCGUACCAGUGCAACCAGUGCAGCAAACGCUUCUCGCUCCGCUUUAUGCUGAUGAAACACCUCCGUGUUCACACGGGGGAGCGGCCGUUCCAGUGCUCCCACUGCCCCAAGAGGUUCACCCUGGUGUCUGUGCUGGCCAGACACGAGAGGAUGCACACCGGGGAGAAGCCUUUCCUCUGCUCUCAGUGUGGGAAGGGCUUUUUAUCGCAGGGAGAGCUUUCGAAACAUCACCGGUCCCACGUGGACGACAGGCCCUACUCCUGCCCUCAGUGCGACAAGCGCUUCAAGAGCAAGAAAACCCAGCAGGAACACAUCGUCUCGCACAGCGGCGCCCGCCCGUACCCCUGCGCCUACUGCGGGAAGGGCUUCACCAAGCCGUACGCGCUCACCAGACACAAUCUCAUCCACACGGGAGAGCGGCCGUUCCCCUGCGGACACUGCGAGAAGUCCUUCCUCACGCUCGGCGAGGCUCAGCUGCACCAGCGCAUUCACACGGGGGAGAGGCCGUACCCCUGCAACGUCUGCGAGCUCAAGUUCAAGAGCUCGUCGGAGCUGGCGCGACACAAGCGAAGCCAUUCGGGGUUGAAGCCGCUGAGGCCCUACUGUGAGCAGUGCAUGAAGACGUUCCCAUCCAAGGCCACGCUGAAGAAACACAUGAAGAAACACUCAGACGAGGGAGGAGCUGCACAGUCUGUGGACUCUGUACAGCCUGAGGAAUCAAAUCGUUAAACGAAUAAUGUAGAUGACCUCAGUAGUUAAAGGUGCCCUGCCACACGUAUUUCAUUACUUUGUGGUAUAUAUAUAUCUGAAGUUCUACCAUGGACUCUGUAACAUAUUUUUUGUUGAAAAAA